AUGAAUCCUCUUCCAGUUAUCACUUUAAUGACCAUUCUCAAGCUUCCUAACGAAAUAGUUCUCAGAAUACUACGGUAUUUGGACAAUAACGAGAUCCACAAGUUGAUUGAAGAAUAUAGGCUGCUACCAUCAGCCCAGCCAAUCUUGCGUCUACUAUUUGAACGUCUAUUUGGUGGGACCUUGAUAAUUAUCAAUGAACAGCCAAGACUACAAUUUGCCCAUGAUUACGAGCUCACCAUCGACUCAUUCGAAGACAAGUUACUCAAUCUGGAUAGUUUUGAAAACUUGCUUUUCCAAAAAAUCAGGCCCACCGUGAUUGAGUUUAGAUUCACACGACAACAUAAUGAGUAUCAAAGAUUUCUUCAUGACUUGAGCAGACUACAUUCACUUAUUGACUCUGGUAACGAGAGCACGCGGCGGUAUUUUAAGAGGAUACUCAAUAUUCAUAUCCAUAUCGAUGCCCACUUGGUGUUUAUGGAGAACCCUGAUUCAUUAAAAUCAAUUAUUGUCAAAUUGAUUCUCGAACUUAGCAGCUGCUCAUUAGUGCACAAGAUAAGAAACCUAACCAUCAAAUCGAGUGAGAUUGGAAGUCUAUAUGUAGCACAAUGGUCUCAGUUAUUCAAACAAUUUAAAUCGCUAGAGGUAUUGGAUUUACUGGGGAACCUUUUAAAAAGUAAUUAUGAACAAUACUUGGAUGUAUGGGGUAUGCUGAAAAAAUUCCCCGAUACAUUGACAACACUCAACUUGCGCAACAAUAUGAUUUCGUAUGUCUCCAAGGAUUUCAUAAGCAAUCUACCACAGAGUUUGAGGAUCUUAGAUAUGGAUCAAAAUGACGUAGAGAUUGUUGAACCUUGCGAGGUUGGUAAACUUAUACCUAAUUUACGAAAGUGGUCUAUGAACCACACUAAAUUGAGUGUGAUUAGCCCAUCGAUGUUUAAAACUUGCCUGCCAGGAUUCAUAUUGGAGAUGAAGGGCACAUAUUUACCUACGUCGGAUGUUCAUAAAUUCUUCAAAAUAGCCAAAGAAGGUUCAUUUGUAGUUGUUGUUUAA